UGAAGGCAAACUGAUGACACUUAGUAAAAUUUUUGUCCAUUCCCUCCAAAUCUCACUCACCUCCAAAGCACCUUCAUCCACUUUCAUAAACCCUCGUCGCCCCCCAUUCCCUCCAAAGUCACCAUCGCGAAGUAGAAACCCUGCCUGCCUCCAAAGCUCACCUUCGCCACGCACCCUUUCACACACACACACCCAGAUUCAGAAUGAGUGAACCAGAGGGAGGAGAGGAGGAAGACAGAGAUGAGAGCACGAGCAAGAGACCAGAGAGUAAGAGGGGGUCACCGCUGCAACGCCGCUGCAGCCGCUGCCAUCGCCGUCGUGGAGGAGGGAGUCCGGAGGAGGGAGAGGACGAAGAUGCGAUGCGAGAAAGAAGGAGGUUGUUUCGCCGUGCAUUGUCGUCGCUCCUGGGGUCAAUUGAAGCCGCCGCCGCUGCUAGGGCUUGCCGUGUUCCUGUCCUCACUUUCGGCUUCUACGAUUACUUCCUGCGUUUCAUUGGUGGCGUUUUUGACGCCAAGGGUGCAGAUGCAAUUCUCUCUUUUGAAAAGUUCUGCUGCAAUCUCCCCAGACCUCUUCUUCAGGUUCUGGUUUCUAUUUGGAUUAGUUUUCUCAAUUCGAUUUUGAUCCAUCUGCUAAUUAAUUGGGUUGAUUAAUACCAGAUCAUAUAUCUCGCCAUAAUCAGUUCAACAUAUUAUUUCAUUGUAAAAUCAUGUUUAACAGAUCAUAUAUGAUUAAUGUGAAUGAAGAACACUAGGUUGAGUUUAAUUGAAUUGAAUCAUGGAUAAGAGCAUGUUAGCUGGUUUGGAAUCACUUCCAGAAGCUUAUCAGCAAAGAAUGGCGUCCAUGAUGGAACAAGUUCAAAUCCGUGAUAGGUACCUCCUCUUCACUCUAUCUGUUAACUAAUUUCAUGUGUUUUGAGUUGAGCUUCAUGUUCCUAAAUAUUCCUAUCAUUGAAUUCAGUAUUUCAAAGUUUGGUCUUUCUCCGAGACUGUGCCAACUGGAGUUAAAAUUUGAGUGAAGCAAAAGGAACAUAUUUUUAAGUGUUUAUUCAUCUCCUUCAAGUCAAUUUCUUAGAAUUUUCAUGUAUUACACUGAUCUAAUGAUCUGCAUUUGCUUUUGCUAACUUUGCCAAUCCACUAUGCUUUCUUUACUCUCUUGAUUUAUUACACUGAUCUAAUGUUCUCAAUAUUCUGUAGAUUCUAUGAAAUUUAGCAUGAGUAGUUUUUGCGAUUUAUCCGAAAUAGUAAAGUUGAGUAAAGAGUGAAAAUUAUAACUCUUACCAUUGGUAUCCAUGAUUCCAUUAUCAAUGAGCUCUUGCAUAUUUUCUUGCAAGAUAACUUUGCAGCCAUGUUGUGCUAAUUUAUGAGACAAGUGCAUUAGAGGGUUCACAUGCCCUUGUGCUGGAAAUGGAAUAACUGGAACAUGUUUGAGCUUCAUCUUUUCUGGUGUUUUUGAUUCUGAGGUUUAGCAUUACUCUUUCUUUUAGUUGCAUUGUAGCUACUGAUUUAAGCUAUGUACCUACCUUAUUUUAAUUUAACUUUUUUGCACAAGACAGCUAUAAGAAAUGCUUGAUUACAAGUAAAGCAAGUUGAUUCCUUAGUGCCAAACAGAGUUGGAGUUUUGGUUCCAAUUUUAGAGUUGUCUUCAGGGAUUAUUAAGUAACUUUUUAACUUUGAAUUUGCUAGUAUAUUUCUUAUAGGAAGGGCGUCUUUGGGAAUUGGGAAGGGUAUAUUAAAUUGUGACUAAAAGGAAACCUUUUUACUAGUAUACUUUGUGGCAGGAUUUAUUGUAAUUUUGAAUCUCUCAAUGAUUUUUAUUGUUGCUUUAUGAUGUGGAGGCUGCUGUGAGUUAAGAGAUUGGAGUCAUUCUCAGGUUUGAUUUGCAUUUAUUUAAUUUUCUAUAGCGAAUGUGAUUUCUUUUCAAGUAGGUGCUUCUCUAUGUGGAUGAGAAGAAAAUAGCAACUUGUUUUUCCAAUGAUUAUUAUGGUAUUUAAUUAAACUGAUAUAAUCUGCAAUGCAGUUUUUUGUACCUUUGACUAUUGUAUCAACAUGUAGAUAACCUCUCUACUGAAUCUAUUGCUCAGAUAUUCAGAAAAAAGAAGCCCAAGAAGUAAAACUCAAACUUGUUUACAAUUUCAUAAUUACUAAGGGAGGAAUCUAUUGCUCAGAUAACCUCUCUACUGAAUCUGUUGCUCAGAUAACCUCUCUUUAUGAAGUUUCAUGCAUUGGAGGAAUCAUUGCAUUUUUUCCUCCUUUUCUGCAACUUUUCUAAUAAAACAUCAUGUGACAUUUUCAGGAAAAUGAGAUAUAAAUUCAAAAUAUGUAUGAUGAAGUUCUAUGAAGGGUUAAUGCAGAUAAUUAACUGAAGUGCUGAAGCCAAUUUAUAUCCUGGUGCAAUAACUUCGACAGUU